GGAUCAGGGACGAUGGCGGCUGUAGUGUCUGAACUGAGGAUAAUUGUGUUAGGAAAGAGUCACUCAGAGACCAGCAGUGUGGGGAACUUCAUUCUGGGUAGAGCUGCAUUUGAGACUGAAGUUCCUCCACAUUCAGUAGAUCAGCACAUUGAGAGAGCCAGUGGAUGGGUGGAGGAAAGACACAUCACCAUCAUCAAUGCUCCUCAUCUGUACAAUCCAGAACUCACUCAGACGACUGAGAGACUAAAAGAGUGUGUUUCACUUACUGCUCCUGGUCCUCAUGCUUUCUUACUCGUGGUGCAACCUCAGAGUUUUACAGAGGAGGACACGAACCAACUAAAAGUCAUACUCAGCUGCUUCAGUGAACGAGCUCUAAACUAUUCUAUAUUAAUCAGUACUGACUGGGAGGCUGAAGAGAAAAAAUCUGCAAGUUUUAACAAGUUUCUGGAUGAAUGUGAUGGAAGGUUUCACAGAUUUAAACACAGAGAUAAACAUGACAAGACUUCAGUUUGUCAGCUGUUUGGGGAGAUUGACAAUGUGUUGAAAGUGAAUGGAAGUCUCACCUUUGACAUAUUUAAAGAUGCAGAGGAUUCUUUGCAACAUUAUGACAAACAUGAAAAAGAUGAAGAGAGGAAAAGUGCAGAUUGUCCUGAAGAAAAAAGUAAAAACCUGUUCAACAGAGUAGGGAGUUUUGUAAGAGGUUUUACUGCAGUAAAAAAGUGGUUCACCAGAGAACAACAUACUACUGACUCCAGCUCUAACCUUUAUCCAGCAGAAACAGAAUUGGAGAAAAAGAUGGAGCUUGGAGUAGAAGAACCUGAAUUAAAAUGUGUAGAAAAGAUGAAAACAGAGCAACUUUUAACUAGACUUCAUCUUCUGGAAAAGCAGAAACUAAAAAUGAAAACCUCAGAUGUUCUUCAGCUCACUUCUCUUUCAUUACAUUGUAAAGAACCUUGUGAAGAAAAAGAUCUGGUUCAAACCUUCCUACAAAGGUUGUUAAUGAUGGAUUACAGAGCAAGAUACAUCACCACCAAAGAAAUAGCCACUGAUUUAGACCCUCCUACCUCAGAUACAGAUGAAGAAGAAGGUGAUGAAUUUGAUGAGUUUUUUGGCAAAAAAGCUGCAUCUCUUGACGGUCAGAGUGUAAAAAAUCCUAUCCACCCCAUGGAUCUUCAGAUGGCGGUAUUCCACUGCUCAGACAGUUUCCUGAAGCAACUAAUAGUGACUAAACUCUCUCAGUGUCGGUACGCUCUGCCUCUACUGGUGCCAAAUCCAUUUACUGGAAAGAUCGAGUUUCCUCUGUGGACAUUUCACCAAAUUAUUAAAAGCUGGAAAACCACUGACACUUCUGGUACUAAGAUCAGUAAAACCCAGCAUGUUUAUGAAGCAGAAACUCCAAUGGUGGCGUUCUUCAGGUUAGGGGACGUGUCCUUUUCCAAGUCUCAGCUGAUGAACAGCUUGAUCAGUAAGAAGCAUGAUACAUUCUUCCACAGACACUGUCCAGGCAGCAUUAAAAACCGUCUACUGAUGGAUGGAGUUGUGGAGAUUGCUUGGUACUGUCCAUCUGGAAAGGAAACUGAUCAUUUUACUGACUGUGUUGCUUUCUGUAAUCUACACGGUGAUGCAGAAACUAGUAAAGAACAACUGGAUAUUCUGACUGAAAUGUCAUCUGUAAAUGUUGUUCUUUUAUCUGAUCCUAAAAAUGAAAGAAAUAAGGAGAUGCUACAGAAGUUUGUAAAAGGCCCCAAACCACUCAUCUGUCUCCUUUCUGAGGAUCAAUCAGGUGUCAGUAAGAUUAAGAAUGAAAAAUACAGAAUUGGUCUAAAAGACAGAAAUCAGUCAGACGUAUCCGAGAACCUCAGAACAACCAUCACUGACUGUCUGUCCAAGUCAUCUUCAGUUUUUAAACUUGAUCAUUUACACAAAAACAAUGAGAUCAGCACAGAUGAAGAUGAUCUUGAAUGCAGGAAAGGAAAAGAAGCUGCACUAGAGAUAAUAAAACUACUGGAGGGGAAGGAAAUAUCCACAUUAAAGGAAACACACCUGCCCUGUCAAGGGAAGCUCUGGUAUGAGUGGUGUCAGAUAAACAAAGACUCACAUCGACUUCAAGGAAACAAUUUAGAAAUGCAAAAGAGUGAAAAACAAACACAAAUGAAACAAAUCCGUGAAAAGCAACAAGAAAUUGGACAAUCAGACUUUAUGAAAGAAUUUAUUUCCUCACUGAAUUCUCUAUCAGGAAAUGAAAAAUCAUUCUUUAUUAAAUGGCUCGAGAUUCUACUGGACAAACAAACCUCAGAUGAUCUUUCAGAUCUUCAUCACAAGUACAAUGAAACAUGGACAAGGGUUUUAGAGCUUAAAAAGAAACAUGACACAUCAGAAAAAGAAAAGAUGAAGGCUGAUCAAACAGAACUUGAAGAAAUAUCUGUAAGACUGAAUGCAGCAACAUUUGGUCUGGAACACAUCUUCAGAGAGAUGGGUCAGAUAUAUGAGUCAUUUAUGUCCAAACAACAUAGUAACAAAAGAUCUGAAGAAGGAAUCAUCUCCACUCUCCCCAAACUUGCUGCAGAAUUCAUAAAAUCUCGUCUUCCAAUGGAGUUGAUGGAUGGUGAUGCUGCUCAUGUUCCUCUGAUUUGGGUUUCAGCAGUUCUAGAUGAACUCAUUAAGAAACUGGGAGACCAGAGAGUCUUUGUGCUGUCAGUUCUAGGGAUUCAGAGCACAGGAAAAUCCACCAUGCUGAAUGCCAUGUUUGGACUCCAGUUUGCUGUCAGUGCUGGAAGGUGCACCCGAGGAGCCUUCAUGCAGCUGGUCAGAGUAUCAGAGGAGAUGAAGGAGCAGCUGAAGUUUGACUACGUUCUUAUUGUAGAUACUGAAGGGCUUAGAGCACUUGAGCUUGCAGGAAAUUCCACUUACAAUCAUGAUAAUGAACUUGCAACAUUUGUUGUAGGUCUUGGAAAUCUGACUUUGAUCAACCUAUUUGGUGAAAACCCUGCUGAGAUGCAGGAGAUUCUUCAGAUUGUUGUUCAGGCCUUCCUGAGAAUGAAGAAGGUCAAACUAAAUCCCAGAUGUAUGUUUGUCCAUCAGAAUGUUGGUGACAUCACAGCUGGAGAGAAGAACAUGGAGGGUAGGAGACGUCUACAGGAAAAACUGGAUGAAAUGACAAAAUUAGCUGCUAAAGAGGAAGACAGUGAAGCUGAGUGCUUCAGUGAUGUUAUUGCUUUCAAUGUACAAGAUGAUGUUCAGUAUUUUGCACAGCUCUGGGAGGGCAGCCCACCAAUGGCUCCACCAAACCCCUCAUACAGUGAAAAUGUUCAGAAGCUAAAGAGAGCUAUUUUCACAAAUGCUACCAAGUUUUAUAGUAUGAAUCUCUCAGAGUUAAAAUCCCGCAUCAGUGAUCUGUGGAAGGCUCUACUGAACGAGAACUUUGUUUUUAGCUUCAGAAACACACUGGAGAUUGCAGCCUACAGGAAACUAGAAACUGAGUUUGGAAAAUGGACCUGGUCCCUCAGAAGUGCCAUGUUAGAACAUGAAGAAAAACUUCACUACACAAUUAAAAACAGAAAACUGAAAAAGAUUGAGGACAAAGACCUUUAUGAUCACAUGAAGAAGACCAAAGAAGAAGUGGAGAAAUCAAUGAAAUGUUACUUUGAAGAGGACAAGGACAAAGACAUUUUAAUUCAGUGGAAAGAGAGAUGUGAACAGAGAAUUAAACAACUUCUUGAAGAUCUUGUCAAAAAUGCAAAAACAAACCUGAAUGAUUUUCUUCAACAGCAAAAAGCUCGAGAAGCAUUUGAUCACAAAAAGACAGAGUAUGAUGAAAAGCUCUUCAAUAUGAGUAAAGCACUUGCUCUACAACUAAAAAGCACAGAAACUGAUGAACAGGGAUUUGAUAAAGUGUGGAACAAAUGGGUCUCUGAUCUGACACAAGACACACCUGUAGAGAAACCUUUAGAUGUUUGGGAGGAUGUGAUACAGAUUCUAUCUGAAGGUAAUGAACAAGCUGCUGUGUAUGAGCGAAUAUCUCAGGAAGAUUACACCAAGAUACACAGACUGGGAGAUUAUUCAUGUUACAUUUUAAACAAAUCAAUGCUACAGAAAACUGUUGAUGACGUUAAAUAUGUAUUAACACAAGAUGAAAUGAUUCCUUUUGAAGUUCAGGAGUCAGUGAGGAACCUAAUCAACAAUGUCAUCCAAGAAUCUGAGGACUUAAUCAAGAAGAUCUGCGGCAAAAUUACAGGACUGGGAUACAAAAAAAGCUACAUUCAGGAAAUAACUGACCAUGUCAAACAAAAAGUUGAACAAUAUCACAGUGAGAACAAAAAAAUAAAGUUCAACAAGGAAUUCACUCUGGAUCUCUGUCUUCAUGUGUGUAAACUUGCAAAUCCCAAAUUCACGAAGAUUCACCAACAGUUUAGAGAUGUAAAUGAUGUAAAAUUCUACCUGGAAAAACAGAAACCACAAUAUUACAGCAUCUUCCAGAACUACUGCAGAGGAGCAACAACCACAACAGUACUUGGUGAACUUGUCUACAACAAUCUUGUACCAGCCAUCCUGGAAGCCGUCUACAAUAAAACUGCUAUUGAUCUGUCAACACAGAUGAGAUCAGACAUGCCAGAAUUUAAUGGUAACAGGUCACAGCUUGAGGAACACAUCCUGAAAUCUCUGGCAGAGCAGGAGAACAUUGAGAAGUACAUGGAGUACAUCCACCAUCCCAAGAAACACUUUGAACAGUUUAUUACAGAAAAUGUUGAUAAAUACAUCACUGAAAAUAACAGCAAGGUUCUGAAUCUUCUCAAAAGAAAUCUGAAACACAAAGAGAAUAUAGUGAUGAACGCUGUGAACAUCACAACUGAAGAAGUGAAGAAGAGAAGUGGUGAUGCAAACAUGUGGCUGAGAAGUUUGAAGAAUUCACUAACAGAUGAGCUGAGCUUAAAAGAAAUAACCUGCACUGGUCUGGAGGAAAUUACAGAUUUAGAUUUUCUUUGGCAGGUUGUGUGUGAAGGUCUCACAAAGAUGAUGUCAGAACAAUAUAAAAGCUUCAACAGUGUAACAAACAUCAACAUGAAGAAGUUCAGGAAGAAACCAGAUGAGAUUCUGAUUGAACAUCUCUGUCAGUGCUGCUGGGCUCAGUGUCCAUUCUGUAGAGCCAUCUGCACCAACACAAUGGAGGAUCAUGAUGGAGAUCACAGUGUCCCCUUCCACAGAGUAAAUGGAAUCAUAGGAUCGCACUACACAGAUCCAACAAAUCUGUGUGCUGAUAUUUGUACAACUUUAGUAAAAAGUAAUAAACGUUUCUACACCAGAUCAAAAAAAUUGGUUCCUUUCAAAUCAUACAGAACAGCAGGAAGAGAAUUCGCUAAGUGGAAAAUCACCCCUGAUAAUUCAGUAACUGAGUCCCCAUACUGGAAGUGGUUUGUGUGCAGAUUCCAAACAAAACUGGAGCAGUACUAUGGUAAAUCUUUCCAGUGACACAGAGAGAUUCACACUGGAUUGAGAAACUACACAAAAAAGAAGCUAUAAAGAGUUUGGAAGAAUACAUCUGAGGAAAUAGACACACACACACAUAAUAUAUACACACAAACUCUACACACACAGACACAUAAUAUACACCAAUCAGCCAUAACAUUAAAACCACCUACUUGUUUCUACACU